AGCGGGGAGGGGGAACAGCCCUUGUCCUUUUAUAGACGACCCCGUACAGCGCGUAAAAGCUACUGGGCACCGCUGACAGCGCAGAGACGCAUAUUGGACACUGUACACCUCAGCGACUUCAUUCCUCUGAACGGGCUACACGGAGGUGCAUGGCCCCAUCCCCUUGUGUCAUGAUGAAUCCUGUGCAGGGGUCGCCGUCCCAAGACGCCAAACUGCUUCAUCAGAAAGAGGAGACGGAUACGGAGGGCGAGGAUCUUCAGCCUAAAGACAUGACCACUGAGAAAGGAUACAAACGCAGCCUCCCGUUUAGCGUCGAGUCCUUGAUUUCCAAAAAAAACACCUGUCGGACUUCUUAUCCCCCCACAGAUUUAGCUCUGGCCCUGCCUAAGCCCGUGGCCGGGCAAGGCUUGCAGUUCUCUCCAAGGACUCUUUACGCGGAGAGCAAGGUUUCCCCGGAGAGCUCGCAGGGAGUUUCCAGUAGUCCCAGCGAGGACAGUCCGCAGUUUUGUGAGAAAGAUCAGAGCACUUGGUUCCAGACGUCCUCCCUUUCUACUCCGCCUCGGAGCUCAAGUCCAACUCCGUGUACUUUAAGGAAACACAAAAACAACAGGAAACCUCGCACGCCCUUCACUACCUCCCAGCUGCUGGCGCUGGAGCGCAAGUUUCGCCAGAAGCAGUACCUCUCCAUCGCCGAGAGAGCCGAGUUCUCCAACUCUCUCAACCUGACGGAGACUCAGGUCAAAAUUUGGUUUCAGAACAGGAGGGCCAAAGCCAAGAGACUGCAGGAGGCCGAGCUGGAAAAGUAUAAACUGGCCUCCAAGCCCAUCCUGCCCGCCUUCGCGCUGCCGCUCCCCCUCGGAGCGCACAUGGGGUCUCCAACGUGGGGUCCGUCAAACGCCUUCCCUAGGCCCGGUCUGCCGGUCCCAGGACUGUUCAGCGGACCCGUCACUUAUGGGAUGUACUAUUUGUCUUAGUAGUACUGCGUGUGUACGUGUGAUUUUAAGAGAAAAAUAUGUCUUAUGUCAUGGUUGCAAUACACUUAUGAACGAGGAUGAUGCAUUUUCUACACCUCGGGCACAUUUCUUUUUUAUUUGGAGUUUAGAGACAUUUUCUAACCUCAAGAAUAAAAAAAACGAAGUAAUUUCGGGACACAUUUUGAUAUAUAAUUGUGUGCGUAAUGGACUGAGUGAGUUCACAUCGCUCUCCUCAUUUUAAGACUAAGAAGUAAGAAGUUCUGUGGAUUCACAGGCCUCAUUUUGUGAGGCAAUAGGGCCUACUCCAAAAGUCAGGUUUUUAAACAGCAUGUCUUAAAUAUCUCAUUCCAAUUCAUCCACCGUGCUCCGCAGCAGUUUGUGAAAAUGUGUCCAGACAUGAAGGCUACCGAAGCGGAGGUUUAAAAGCAACAGAAAAGUACUUAAACGGUGUCAGUGCCUUAAGACCAGUGUAUCACUUGAAGUAUUUCUCCUCAUUCAGCAUUGACUGUUUCUGGUAAAACUGCAGUUUACCAGAGUUGCUGUUUGACUGUUUGUAUUUCCUUACAGCAGUUCCUGUCACGAUUCGACAUCGAGCAAAAUUAUAUUUUAGAAAAACACGUGUAUUACAUAUUUUUGUACCCUCACAGCGUGGCCUUUAUGGGAGUGAUAAUAGAUUUUCUUUGAGGAUUUUUGCUGUAAAUGUAAAUACAAUUUGUAGUGUUCAUAAAGCCCUGCAGCCUCGCUUGAAGAGCAACAGGAAAUGUGGUAUUUAUUGAAUAUCUUUGUAUCUGUACUGUGUACAUACAUCACUCUAUCUAAAUGUUCAGUUACUUGUAAAACUGAUUUUAGUAAAUAAACAUUAUACAAAACCUGUA